UCGCAAUUUUAAUAAGUAGCAUACUUUGUCUUCUUAAAAUCACUGUAUAUUUAAAAUGAAGAUUGUUUUGGGUUAAAAACAUUAAAUCAACAGGAAAAUUCAUAUUGACUAAAAGUUUUUAAAUAUUGUUUUUGAAUGGCGAUACAAAAAUAUAAUACUGUAUGUAUACUGUAUAAAAAUGCGAUACAAAAUUUUCUAUUAAUUUUUAAGUAUGGCGUUUACCGUAACUAAUAAAAAUGUUACCGAAACAAAAUCAACAAUGAUACCACUCAAGCAAGGAGCUGAAGCAAAAUUAUACUCGUAUGAUUUUUAUGGGAAACCAUGUAUUAUUAAAGAGAGAUUUAAAAAGAAAUACCGUCACGAUAUUCUAGAUUCAAGCCUUACGGAACAGAGAAUCAAGGCAGAAGUGCGGGCAAACUUCCGAUGCAGAAUGGCAGGUAUUCUUACACCUACAAUUUUCAUGGUUAAUUUCAAGGACAGCAGAAUCUACAUGGAGAAAAUUUUAUCUUCCAUCACUGUUAGAGAACACAUCUUAAAUAUCCAAUCUACAGACAAGUUAACAGCUAAUGAAAAGUUACAUACUAUAGCUGAAAAAAUUGGAAAAAUUCUUAGCAAGAUGCACAGUAAUAAUAUCAUACAUGGGGAUUUAACCACUUCCAAUAUGCUUUUACAAGGAGAUUCUUCUGAUCCCAGACUUUAUGUUAUUGACUUUGGACUGAGCUCAUUUGAAGACUCUGCAGAAAGUAAAGGAGUAGACCUCUAUGUGCUUGAGAGAGCAUUUUUGAGUUCCCAUCCAAACUCUGAAUGUUUGUUUGAAACAAUACUAAGCUCAUAUCAAAAUGAAAUGGAGAACAAGUCUGCUUGUCAUGAGGUAUUGGCAAAGCUAGAAGAAGUUAGAUUACGAGGCAGGAAAAGGACAAUGGUUGGUUGAAUAGUUGGAUGUAAGAUACCUAAAUAAAUACUUGUUAAAGUGGACAAUUAACGUUUCAUAUU